AUGCGUUUCGCCGUUCUCCUAGCCCUGGUUGGGCUCUCGGCCGCUGCCGUAGUUCAGCAUCCAUUGAUGUGGCGGAAGUCAAGAAAGAUCGAAAUGAUCGAGCGAGGAGAGUAUGCCGCCUACGUCGAGUACCGCAACUCUCUACGUGCUGCCAAUCUCGCUAGCCUUCCACAGUCGGUAUCCGACUAUGGAGACUACGAGUACGUUGGUAACAUCACCAUCGGCACACCCAACCAGCAGUUUGUCGUCGUGCUCGAUACUGGCUCAGCCAAUCUCUGGGUACCAGAGACCUCUUGCGACACAUCCUGCAACAAGAAGCACAAGUUCGUCUCGAGCUCGUCAUCAUCAUUCGUCAAGAGCACAAAGACCUGGACCAUCACCUAUGGCUCCGGAGAUGCCAAGGGAGUACUUGGAACUGACACUGUCAAGUUCGGCGGAAGCAAGGAAAAGCAGCUGGCUGUACCAAAAACCACCUUCGGAUUGGCUACACACAUCUCGGCCGACUUCAAGAACGACCCAACUGACGGUAUUCUCGGACUUGCCUUCACCUCACUUGCUGUCGAUAAGGUUGUCCCUCCACUCAUCAACGCCAUCGACCAGGGUCUGCUUGACCAGCCGCUAUUCACCGUAUGGAUGGAGCACCGUGGAAAUCUUAAUGGAGCCCCAGGAGGUAUCUUCACCUAUGGAGCCAUUGACACGAAGAAUUGUGGCCCAAUCACCGCCUAUGAGCCCCUCACCUCUGCCACUUAUUAUGAGUUCAAGAUGACCGCCAUUGGAUUGGGAACCUACAAGAACACCAAGAACUACAAUGUGAUCUCUGACACCGGUACAUCUUUCAUCGGAGGACCCAAGACCGUCACUGAUGCCCUGGCUGCAGCUGCUGGAGCUAAGUACAGCGCUGUCGAGGAAUCCUACACCAUCGCCUGUAAUGCUAAGCCAGCCAAGAUUGACAUCACCAUCGGAGGCAAAGUCUACUCAAUCGACCCCGUCAACUACAUCGUUAGCGCUGGAACCAACAAGUGCCUCUUCGCAAUGUUCCCAUUCGAGUUCGGCGGUUUUGGUCCAUCAUGGAUUCUUGGCGAUCCCUUCAUCCGUCAAUUCUGCAACAUCUACGACAUUGGACAGAAGCGAAUGGGAUUCGCACCCUCCCUACAGAAGUAG